GUUUUGGCUUUUUGGGACUCGGACUAGUAGCCCUGAAUUUCGCUUGACGUGAUACUUCAUUGGAAUUCCCCAAUCGUUAUUGCAACGACAGAUCUGUAUGAUUUGCCUAUGAAUCAAUUACUUUGUUAUUCGUGAAAGUUUGUCAAAAACUGUUUACCUUGGUAGACUGUCAUUUUUUUGUGUUAUCAAAUAAUGGGAAACAAACACAGUCAUGACGAAUCAGAUGGAGAUGAUAGAAGUCAUUUGGGGACGUUACGAGAUUUUCUAAAAGCCAAGUCGCCUGUUUUGUCUCCGUCAAGUAAACGAAAUAUUAAAGAAGAAGCAGGUGAUCAUGGUCUUGCUUGUCAAAUAACCAACAUCACAUCCAGCUUCAGUGAUAGAGAUUCUGUAAACAAGCAAGCAGGCGUUGAUUCUUCAUACCCUGAAUCAGGAGUUGCUUCCAGCUCAAAACCAGAUGGAAUUACUAAACUUGCUAAGGAGCUCAUAAUACGAACACAGAACCAAGACACCAAGGAUGGAAUAUCUCUCAGCACAUUUUGUAAAUAUGUUUGCCAUGGCUGUGUCCAUUUAGGUCAGGCAUUGUUCAGAGAUUUUUCCAAACUGGGGAAGAACUCUAAGAAGUCACCUAAUAAGCAAGUACUCUCCAAAGAACAGUUUGUUAUGGGAUCACAAAAAAUAGUACAACUAAUUGGAGAAGAACCAUUGCUGACAUUCUAUAUUCAGAUUUUUGCGAGUGAAGAUGACGCAUUAAGCCAUGAUGAUGUUAGCCAGUUUCUUCAAUCGUGCUACCAGCUCUCGUUAGGAACCACAACUUCUACGGAACACAGCGAAGAGGUUAUACAAAUGGUUAUAACAGCUAUGUUUCAUGGUAAAAGCUCCCUUAGCUCAAAAUAUGUCAUUCACUGGGUACAAGAAAAUUGCCCUCGAGUUGUGACAUGGAUGCACCGUCACCUUGUCCACCGUCUGACCGUUGGCUUUCGCAUAUUACAGCAGAACCGGGAAGCCAAAAUAGAAGUUGAACACGACACUGAUCUCGCAACGAAUAUAGAAACCCCGGUGUUGGCUACAACUCGUCGAGAUAGUUUGUCUCUUUUCCCUUGCAGCCCCGUUUCUCCAAUCGGUACGGAAUUUUCCUUACAAAGGCAGCCAGAUCAAUCUCAGGCUGACAUAGAACAAGUGAUUUCUGAGACAAGACUUCACCCGAUGCAAAUCUGGUUAUUGGGGUGUACGCUUCCAUUGGUUUAUACGCGUCCCGUUCCUGCACUUCCUAGCUCGCCGUCCAUCAACGGAAUUGUUUUAAUGGAUCCCCACACGUUCAUAUCUCGAAUGCUUGCUUCACACAGCCCUUCCAAUUGGACGAUGCUGUACAAUAGUGAUAACGACGGCUUAUCAUUAAACCGAUUCGAGCACCAUGUAAUGGGUUAUCGUGGCCCUACUGUCUCCUUCCUACAUGCCGAGGGCAAUCGCAUUUUUUGUUUGGCUGUUGAUCUCGCAUGGAAGGAAUCAAUCCAAUUUUGGGGAACACCUAAUACAAUCACCGUUCAGCUGACUCCCGAAUAUCGAGUAAUCGAUCGUGGCGAAAGCAUGAUGUACUACAAUACCUCCGUUCGUGGAUAUCCUUUUGGAAUCCAAGUGGGUACAGAUCACCGACAUCCUUGCAUUGAAAUCGAUAAAGAAUUUUCGCGCCUGAGCUAUAGAAAAAUACCGUAUAGACUGGAAGCUAUUCAAGUAUGGGGUUGUGGUACAAGCCAACAGAGAGAGUCUCAGCUGGAGUACAAAAAAUGGGAAUUGAAGCAAGUAGAGAAGAGUCGGAACGUUAAACUUUCCGCCGUGGACUGGAACGACCAUCCUGACAAGUGCCUUCUCGAAAUGGCUUCUCACAGGCCAAAUUAUUCUCAGUUUGGAAAUGCGUGAUAACGAUCAGCGACUAUAUCGUUGAUUUACGCGGAUGUGGGAAGAUUCAUAAUUUCACAAAAAACUUGCUUAUACAACCUAUUUUCUCCAUUUUAAUUUGAAAAUAAUUCUAAUAUCUAUUAAACGAAGAAAAAACAUAA